GCCAGCGGGCGGCGGACGGCGGCGCCGUCGGGGCUGGGGUGCGUCCGCCAUGGAGCUGUGGCCGUGGCUGACGGCGGCGCUGCUGCUGCUGUUACUGCUUGUACAGCUGAGCCGCACCGCCAGGUUCUACGCCAAGGUCGGCCUCUACUGCGUGCUCUGCGUGUCCUUCUCCGCCGUGGCCUCGAUCGUCUGCCUGCUGCGCCACGGCGGCCGCACCGUGGAGAACAUGAGCAUCAUCAGUUGGUUCGUCCGCUCCUUCAAGUAUGUGUACGGCCUUCGCUUUGAGGUCACAGGCCGGAGCAAACUGGAUGUGGAUGGUCCCUGUGUCAUCAUCUCGAACCACCAGAGCAUCCUGGACAUGAUUGGUCUCAUGGAAAUACUCCCAAAGCGCUGUGUGCAGAUCGCCAAGCGCGAGCUGCUGUUCACGGGGCCCGUGGGCCUCAUCAUGUACCUCGGGGGUGUCUACUUCAUCAACCGCCAGCGCGCCAGAACUGCCAUGACCGUGAUGUCUGACCUAGGUGACCUCAUGGUCAAGGACAAUCUCAAAGUGUGGAUCUACCCAGAAGGCACACGCAAUGACAAUGGGGACCUGUUGCCCUUUAAAAAAGGCGCCUUCUACUUGGCCAUCCAGGCCCAGGUGCCCAUCAUCCCUGUGGUGUACUCCUCUUUUUCUUCCUUCUACAAUGUCAAGACGAGACUCUUCACCUCCGGAACAAUCAGGGUACAAGUGCUGGAUGCUGUCCCUACCAAUGGCCUUACAGAUGCUGAUGUCACCCAGCUUGUAGACACUUGCUACCAGUCCAUGCGGGAUGCCUUUCUACAACUUUCUAAGACACCCCAAGAGAACUCUGACGUUAACGAGCCUGCGAUCGUGCCAGCUCAGUAGCCCAGGCCACGGGGGCAGGGGAGCUGGGGAGAGGCAGACAGGAAGUGGAGGCUGGAGGCUGGACAGAAGGCCACACCCUCCCACCUACAAAACAUCACCUUAUCCUGCUCCCCUGCUGGCCUGGCUCUCCUUGGGGCCUGGAAACAGGACACUCUUUCUGGCACAGGCCUUAGACCCAGGACCCCAGGUAACUUCCAACUUCAUGCCUGUGCCUCCAGAAUCCAGGUGUGACCAUCCAGCAGGUGGGCUGACCCACAAGACCACAAGGCACCUAGGAGUGGGCAACAAGCUACCCAAGGUCCACCCCAUGGUGCCAGAUCAACGUUCAGGAACCAGGCCAUGGCCUGCAUCAGGCCAUCAGGAAGAGAAGGAACUUGUUCUCCCAGUUUCAAGGAAGCCUGGGCCGCACAUCACUGGAGGGCAGAGCCUGUGACUCUCACUGUCCGACGGUCUUGGUCACAAAUCACUGCUAUACUUGGUUCUCUUUUUUAUAAAUGAACUCUCAGAAGUACCUAGAGACCGGGAGUCUCUUUCAGAGGGUGGCUCUUCCCCCAGGCCUCCAUCCACAGAUAAAGGGUGGUAAAGAUGGCAUAUGACCGCCCACGCGUCCCUUUUCUGGGGCUGCAGGGUAUAAGUCCCCUGCUCUCCCCCCAAAUGGCCUGAAGGUGGUGGUGAGCUGUGAUCACUCACUGCCUUUUUCAGGGAGUGUGUGUGGUCCAUGGAACUACAGGGCGGGCAGACCAUGGGCCACCAUGACAGUGGCAUGACAGGGGACAGCCCUGAAGGAACUGCCUUUUAGUCUCGGGAACCAGAAAACCACCAAGGAAAACCUGGAGCCGCAGCACUGCCUACGUUUUGCCGACAGGUCCUUCACUUUCCCUGAAGCCUACAGGGCAGGAGUACGGUGCCCACAAAGUCCCAAUUCACCCAUUGACAGCAGCUCAAAUCCCAGCUUUAUUAUAGCAAAGAUGGGGACAGUGUCCUCCUCCCCCUUCUUCACCUCUGGGCCUGGAGCUCUCGUACCUUUCCUGGAAGCCCCAAUGGGGAGUCACACAAGACCUCACUCCCCAAUGCCCAAGGAGCCUCCUGAGAAAGAAGGACAGUUAAGCAGGGCCUUCUGCUCACAGGCACCACCAGACAGCACCUGAACGCUGGCUGGAAGGUAUGUGGUGGUGGG